UAUUAUUAAUUUUCAAGCUGUUGUUGUUUUUGAUUAUAGAAAUUUGUAACAGAAAAACAUAAUUAAUGAUCAAGAUUAGGAAAAUAUCCGACUGCCUAAAGACAAGCUAAUCACCUGUACUGUUUUGAACAUGUGUAAUGAACGAACGCUAAUACAAUAUUGGUUGUAAUGACUGCGCUCUGUUUUAACAUGAAACAACUUCAAAAUUACUGGUUUUCUUUGUCAGUUAUCUUGCUUGUAUCUGUUUUAGUAUGUCUAAGACGUUGUAUAAAAACAGAAGAGCUUAUUUCUCAAAAUAUUUUUCGAAAAUAUCAAAUAAAAUCCGUUCUAAAGCAACGAGACAUUGUUCAAAACCCUGAUCAAGUUUUAGACAAAUCUGGGAAAUAUUUUGUCCUUUCAAACACGUCAUACCCAAAGUCACGUCAUCUCAAUGACGUCACACUGGUGACGCAUUCAACCGUCGAUAAUUUGCUUCAAUUUUCCGACUUACUUGAGACAUGGAAGGGACCAUUGUCUUACACAUUGUUUGUUUGUAAUAAAGGCGACUAUGACGUCAUUUCAAAGAUUUUAUUGACGUGUUUUGACAUCCAAAAUGUAUCGUUACAUUUUGUUUACCCUGUUCGCGAUGAUUGUAACCACUCUUCUUUAUUAAACACUUUAAAAGCAUCCCAUAAUGGUGUGGGGACUUUGCCAGUUCAAACGUGCAGGAAAUUAAAGAAUUUGCUGCGAAAGCAUAAAAAUGAAAACUAUAACUCGCAAGUUUCGUACCCUAGCAACUUAUUGCGCAACGUUGGAAGUCAAAAUGGUUUUGUUUUGCAUCUGGACGUGGAUUUAAUACCGAGCAAAAAUCUACACCAACAACUAAAAAAAUUUUUGGCAAAAUACAAGAAAAAUUUAGUCGAAAAUUCAGCCUUUGUUCUCCCUGUGUUUGAGAUGAAAACAGAAUAUUUCGAAAAACAUCAAAAUAAUUUUCCACUGGACAAAAACUCGCUUGCACAGUUGUCUCAAUCUAGUGUUGCACGUCCAUUUUACAGCACUGUGUGCCCUAGGUGCCAAGCCAUUACGAACUACAGCAAGUGGUUUCAAUUUGGCAACACUGGAGAAAUAGAACCAGUUUAUGAAGUCAUUUGGCAACACUCUUAUGAACCUUUUUUUGUUGCACAAAACCCACCAGGUUUUGACGAAGGAUUUAAACAAUAUGGGUACAACAGGGUGAGCCAGUUAUGUGAAAUGCAUGUAGCAGGGUGGGACUUUCAAAUACUUAACCCUGGCUUUCUUAUUCAUGUGGGGACUAAAGAGAAAUUCCAUGCCACUAAAACAGAUGAGAUGAGAGACAAUUAUCAAAAGUAUCAAAACUUUCAAGAAAAUUUAGAGAAAAAAUAUCCGAAUUCUGAACGAGACUGCAAACCUCCCCCUGUCUAUGUAUUGAAUUAAAUACGACAUCACAAACUUUGAAAAUAUCAAGUUUUGUAUAAACAAUCAUUUGAAAUAUAUCGGUGUCGUUUAUCAAAGUAAUUCACUGAAUUGUGUUUAAACAGCAAAAGUGUUGAUGAUCCCACUGUGUAUUUGGUUGGUGCUAUUUCAUAUUUUUAGUAUUUUGCAAAAAAUCUUCAUUUGCAUUUUUGAUAAAUGUUACAACGUUUGUAAAAUAAAAUCUUGUGC